AUGCCGUGUGAAGGCGAACGGCAAACAGCCGUCGCCCGCCCCCCCGCGCAAACCGACAGCAAAGGGGUUUCCGCAGGAAAACUGCCUACAGUUACAGCAGCAGACAGGCGAGACAUGCAUACCACUUCAGGAGGAGCAGCAACAACAGCACCAGUAGCCAAAACAGCAGAUGCAAAGGAUGGCAACUAUCAGAAGCAGCAGGCUGCAAACGCUCCAGAGCCCUUGCCAGAGCCGACAUAUCAACAUCACAAGACACGCGACAGGAUUCGCAGGGCGAAGAAACAACACCGGGGUGACCUACACUGGAGCGAGUGGAACAAAUUCCGUUAUGCUGAAUCCAAUUUCUGUGAAGAAUCGAUGCAUAUUAAGGAGAACUUGCCGCGUAUUCACAAGAAAGACACUACGCUUGUCGAAUUUAUAAAGAAAUUCGAGGUCCCUGGGAAGCCGGUGUUGCUAUGUGGCUGGAUGGAAGAUUGGCCUGCGAGAGAGAAAUGGACGAUUGAAAAUUUGCGUCGCGAUUAUCGCACUGCCAAGUUCAAAGUGGGAGAAAAAGACAAUGGCGACAAAAUACGCCUGAAGAUGAAGUACUUUAUUGAUUACUUGAGGCACCAGAACGAUGACUCGCCGCUGUACCUCUUUGAAUCCUCUGUAGAAGACAAAGCAGACACUUGCGGUCUGCUAAAGGACUGGGAGGUGCCGGACGUCUUUCCUGUCGACCUGCACGCCAUCGUAGGCGAAGAGCGGAGGCCGCCAUACCGCUGGUUUUGUAUCGGCCCCAAACGCAGCGGUACAACCGUCCACACCGACCCUCUGGGCACUGCGGCUUGGAAUGCCGUCACCUCUGGCUACAAGCGGUGGGCUUUGUUUCCUCCCAACACUUCAAAACAAAUAGUGAAGGGGAAGCACCUCAUGAAACCUGGCGAAGACGACGAGCCCAUCAUGUGGUUUCACAACAUUCUCCCGCGCAUCAAACAGCAGUACCCAGAUAUACCUGUCUAUGAGUGCGUGCAGCGGCCCGGGGAGAUAAUAUACGUCCCGCCUAAUUGGUGGCACGCGGUGCUGAAUUUGACAGACUGCGUUGCCUGCACCCAAAACCAUUUGUCUUUUGGGUUUCUAGAUCUGGCCUGGAGAAAAUUAAGAAAAGGAAGAAGGCGGCUCGCUGCCCAGUGGUUCAGUAGACUGCAGCAGUAUUUCCCAGAGAAGGAAAUUUAUCAUAGACUGAACCUCUCGAACAAGGUGGAUGGCUGGGAGGUGCGCUCUGGAAAGUUUUGCCGCGUGCGGGCAUCGAGCGGCUUUGGGACGGACGUGAGCAGCAGCAGCAGCAGUAGCAGCAGCAGCAGCAGCAGCGCGUCUUCAGACGACGAAGACGAGUUGAAUGAAGUGCGUCAGCAUGUGCUCCGCACGCGAGCAGCGAUAUCUCCUGAAGCAUGGAAGGCGUAUUUUCAGAGUCCUGUUGAAGUCCUUCCCACACCCUGUGCCCUCCCCGUAGCCAACACGCCACUAGCAAGGUUGACGGAGCCCUGCAAGAACCGCGCUACUCCUCUCGAUAAGAGAACGCUGCCGCUGCAGACGAAGGGAGGGGAGAAGGUUGCAAGAAGGGCCCCAUGCACUACAUCACAGCAAGAGGGAAGGGAAAUCGCAGAGGGAAAACGACAAAAAACACAAAAUUAG